AUGAAGGGUCCUUACCUUGGUAUGAUUCUAACUGCAGUGGGAUUAGAUGGAAACAACUACACUUACCCAUUGGCUUAUGGUCUUGUAGAGUCUGAGAACUACAACUCAUGGACAUGGCAUAAGGGUGUGUUGCCUGCAAUUGCAAAAUUGUUUCAAUGUGCAGAAAAUAGAUUUUUCCUUCGUCAUAUCCAUGAGAAUAUGAAGCGGAAGUGGAGGGGCAAGGAGUUUAAAGAUUGUCUCUGGAAAUGUGCAAAAACAACAACUGUCCAACAAUUCAAUCUUGCAAUGGUUGAACUGAAGAAAUUGAACAAUGAUGCAUAUGAAUGGCUUAAAGCCAUUCCACUCCAACAUUGGUCCAGGUCUCACUUCACAGGAAGAGCACAUUGUGAUGCAUUGUUAAACAACCUUUGUGAGACAUUGAAUAACAAACUUGUCAAGGGUCGUGACAAACCAAUUAUAAGUUGCUUGGAGUUUAUUAGAGAGUACAUAAUGAAGAAGCUUGUUAUUUUCCAAAAGACAAUUGACAAAUGUUCUGGCCCACUAACUCCUACAACUACCAAGACUCUAGAGAAGAUCAAAGGUGAAGCUGCAGAGUAUAGGGCUGUGUUUUGUGGAAAUGGGAAGUAUCAGGUCACAGGUGGUGAAGGUGUGGACCAAUGUGUAUUUGACAUAACACAACAUACAUGCUCAUGUAACAAAUGGGAGGUCAAUGGCAUACCAUGCAAGCACACAAAUGCAGCUAUAUGGGAUAUGAGGAGAAAUAGUGAGAAUGUUGGGGUACCUGAAACAUGGGUUCACCCAACAUACUGGUUGAAGACAUGGCAAGAGAUGCGAAAAAAGAAAAGAAGAAGAUCUUCUACUGAAGAUGAUAGUGCUACAGGGACCAGAACAGUUAGAUGUUCAAAGUGUGAAAAUGUUGGGCAUAAUGGAAGGAGCUACAAGGGGCAGUCAGUGGGAGGAUCACAGGCCAGUGGUAGUGAUAUGGGACAAAAUGCUGGUGGUAAUGAUGUGGGACAGAAUGCUGGUGUGGGACAGAACUAG